AGGGUGUACUAUUCGACGGCAUUCUCCACGCUACGUGGAUGGACCAGACGCACCAUCGAAACAAUUUCGACGAUCGACAUUGUUGGCGAUGGGAUGGACGAACUGUUUGCCUCGGGACCAAAAGGGCUCUGUUUGUACAUGCCGACCUUCAACAACGAUGGUUUCGAACUGGCCAACGUUUUCGAUCCCAGCAUUGCCGAUUUAUCGAUACGCUACGGACUUCCGAAGCUCGCUUCAAAAGGACAGGGCAAAGAUGAACACAACGUGUUGCUCUAUACGGGAGAAAAGUUGAUCAACGUGAAAACCAAAAUAUAUCAACCCAAACCGGACAUGGUACCGUACGCGGAGUCAAGUGUAAGCAAGGAAGAUCAUACCAUACCGCUGCUCGUUCCGCAACCAAAGUACAUCCUAUGGCUGCAUGAUCACCUAGAUCUGACGACGCUGCUGCAACCUCUGAACCCGCAUUCAGGCACCGUCGAUUUGUCAAUACCCUUGAUCGAUAUACAGAACGCGUACGGUGUAAGUGUGCGGAAGAUGGUUCAGUACAAAAAUGUCCCAUACGUAGGAUGUCUCGGUCGUGGAUGGUCUCUGUCCCUCGACUAUAUCACCGUCGACCGCAAAGGAAGCGGUUUCGUGCAAGAUCAUCAGUAUGCAAUCCUUAAAAACAACAAUCGCAUCUUGCUGAAGGCUCGUCCUACGAGAGAUAAAGGCUACGAGCGACACUUCACGGUGGACGGUUACUCCAGCGCCCAGUUCAUAUACUACGAGGACAAACAGAUUUGGGAAGUGAUGAUGGAGGACCACAAGUUUGUGUAUGGUUCGUGGAAAAACCUUUCUGCCUAUACCACUGAGAAAGGGUGUGGUGCGUGGCCAUUGUGUGGUAAAAAGUCCAAAACGGUACGAAGCCUGCCCUCCAAAUGGUUCUUGGUACACGAGGAAAACGCAGCUGGUAACUACGCUAAUUAUUAUUACGAUGUGCUGGAAGGUGGACUAAAGUAUCGGUUGGAAAGCAUACGCCUGGACAACCAGUGCUAUGUGAACUUCAAGUAUGCGAGUGAUAAUAAGCUGACCAGCUUCAAGCUCUCCACGGAGGCCUUCGAACAGAACGUGAGUUUUUUGUAUGACGGGAACAAUUUAAAGGAAAUGAAACAGGAGGAUAAACCCUUGUUUAAAUUUGAGUACGAAAACGAUCGCCUUUUGAAGAUUGUCUAUCCAAAUGGUAUGGAUGUAAAACUGGAUUACAGUGUCGUAGCGAUUGAUCGGAAACGCUUGGAGGAAGUGAUUCCUGUGGAGAAAAAUCCGUUGAUCUACUAUGGACCGGACUACAGUGUCAUCCUGGCUACUGAUGACGCAGGCGGUACCGAGCACAAGGCGAUCACCAUCCGCACUCUGCUUGGAGGUACUGACAGUACAAAGGUAACGAAGAAGAAUAUACGCCUGGGAAAGCCAGGUAUCAAAAAUCAGACCGUUUUCGCUCUAGAGGAUCUUCUCGUCGUUGUACUGAUCUACGAAAAGUAUAAAGAGGUGACGGUGCUACAGCAUACGAGCGGUAACUGGGUCGUACAGAAGCAAUUCGAUGAGUUCCCGUUGCUCGGUACGAUCGGUGCGGGGAAGCGAUUCGUUGUGAUGUGUGACUUCAAAACAGUUCAAGCUAUAUCGAUACUCGAGAGUGGAACACUCGAUAUCGCUACGCUGCAGCAUGUAAACCACGACGACUUUUUGUUGCGUGAGUUCGUGAACGGCUUCGUCACGUAUGAAGAACCUAUAAUGAAAGAUGGGGAGCUUACGAUAUGGGCGAAGACCCAAAAUGAUCGUUGGACUAAAGUCAAAACAGUACCGAAGUUGCACAUUUUCAUGGAGGUCGAACGGACGACGCGAAUGUUCGAAUAUACGGACGAGCUCCGCUACAUAUUCCGCAAUGGGGUGCUGGCAGAUGCGCUCACGAUAUACCAGAAUGCGGUGGUAAUGCGGGCGGUCACUCUUUUGGGCCAAGUGCUCACUAUAAAUCUGCAUAUCGUGAACUUGGAUUUUACGAAGACCUUGCCCGAAGUUAGUGCUACACAGGACGUCGUCAUUACGGUGGCGGAUUUUCGAACGUACGAGUACAACAUGACCACCAAAGACGGUGACUUAUUCAAGUUGCAGUACAAACACAUUGGUAGUGCGAUGAAGAUGAGCGUGAAGAGUUCCUCCGGUCCGAUAAUGAAUAUGCUCGAAGAUCAGCGAAAAAAGGCAUACAAAGAGGUCGACGACAGUGGUGCAAACUGGAAUCAGAAACAGCAACAUAAAAAGGAAGUAGACAAGAGUUUGAACGAGGAGUUGCAAAAAAUCUACGCCACAGUCGUAGAGAAGGUCCAGUUCGCAAUGGACUUAUCACAGUUCGGUGUAUUGACGAAUCCAAACGGAAUUGUCACUGGCAACACGCAGCUCACGUUCGAUGGCGAGACUUGGCACCAGAAGCGCAUCGAUGAACGCAGCAUGCGCCUUGAGCAGGUGGACGAAUCACUCGGCGGAGGUUUUAAGCUAGUACGUCAUGGUCAUCGGGAUACGUUCAAGAUCUACGAUACGUCUCGGAACAAGAUGGUUUUCGACACAGAAACUUCCAACCCCAACGAAUUGCAGAUCGUGGCACCGCGAUAUGUGCAGGCACAGAACGGGGCCAGACCAUUACGAGCCUAUUUCUUCAAAACAGGUGAAACAGUUACCUUCCCGCGUAACGAAAAGAUUUGCCGCGCCAGUAAUAGCGUCGCCCUGCUGAUGGUGCGCUCGUUUGGUCCUUCCGCAAAUUACGUCAUAUUUCGUCCGGUCGAUUCAUUCCUGUUGAAGGACACGACCGUUUUCAGCGGUCAAACGGUUCGUCUUGAUGCCAAGGAGACGCGCGUUACAAGUUAUUUGUUCGAUGGAGCUGAUGCGCACCUUUCAAGCGAAGGUGCCAUGUUUUACCGUGUACGGAUCGCACCAGGAGGAAACACGACGCAGUACGGUUGGCAUGAGCAAAAAACUGACUCCAUAACUGGGAAAACAACUGAAAAGUCGUUCUCUGGUGACGGGCGCGAAGUGACAGCUCGUGAAAAGAAGGACAGAGAUGAGCAGGCUACAACAAUUGACCACGAAACAGUUAUCUGGGAUCGCAGUCAGCAGCUAAAGAUCGUCGAGCUGGGAUAUUUUUCGGUAGCUGAUCAAACCAUCUCAUACUACGGGUUUGAGGACUACGAGGUCAACCGCUAUGGUGCCAUAAAAGACAACUUGAGCUGGAAGUUCAACAAGAGGGGGAUUUAUUUGGAGGGCGAAAACCACUACCUAAAACUUCUCCAUGGUCAACCAAUGAAAGGUUCUUUUAGGCCAAAAAACCCAUUGAACGUGUUCAUCGUUUCGUGCUGGGUUCGAGUAGGAGAGGACCAAUCGGUGCGCGACACCAUCGAUAUCCUAAAGGUAGACGUGGUCAACGAAGUAACACGCGAACGCCACAGUUUCGCACAGGCGAAAAUUCAACAUGCCAUCCAGAAUUGGUACUACAUCGAGACGAUUGUCGAUACAAUGAAAUACCCACAGCAAUCGAAACUGGUCAUAGACAUAACCUUUGAAGUGACCGCCUUACAUAAAACGGUAUGCAUCGAUCAUGUUCGCUUUUCGCCGUUGGACUUUAAUUUUCGAGCAAGCAUCUACACGCCUGUAAUGGGAGAACUUCGCGCCAUGCACUUCAACAACGGUCUGCUCAAGCAAAGUCUGUACAGUCCUCGUUGCAAACGGUCGAUACUUUUGUCUGAAAACGGGUACGUAGUGGAUCUUGCACUUCAGUCAAGAGCAGUGUUCUCCGAAGCGAUCGGUGCAAGACAGAGCCUAGUAGAGAUGAAACCGCGAAAAGGUGUGUACGAUCAUUUCGAAGAGUCCGAGUGGAAAACGGCGAAGCCUUUAGAAUGGAUCUUCCGGUACGGUACGCUUACCCACAAGAGUAUCUCGGGCAAACAGGGAGAAAUACUGAGACCGAUCCAGGGACCUUUCAACUCGGUGGCCAUCCGUUUCAUGUACCAUCUGAAGUCGAUCGGUGGAACGCUAUCGUUCAAGUGGAACACGCACCAGAUCGAACUCAUCUGUUCCGCUACAAAUCAAAAUUGCCAUCGCCCAUCGAACAUAGGAGAGGUUCUAAUCUUCAUAACACCGCUACGUGUGUCCGUUUGGGUCGAGGGAAGUCUAAUCAGUGAGCAAGUUGUGUCAACUGGACAAGAAAUAAGUGCUAUCGACAAGGGCGAACUACGUCUCCUACCUUCUGGACAUCUUACGUUUAGCGAAUUCUUCACCCUUUACGAUCCUUGGGUGAAAGUGACGUAUCACAACCGGAUGGGUCGCCCGGUGCAGUUGAUUGAGUAUGAUAGUCCGCGAACGGUACGCAUUCGUGAGAUUCUGUACGACGCAAUCGAACGGCCGAGAAUUCAGACAAAAUGGACAAAGUUAAUGUGUGUAAGAGAUACAUUCUUUGGAUUCCACGAGGAGUUCGUCACCGGUAUUGCGAGGACUACUAAACGUAUGACUGGACAAGUUUCGGCUUUCAACCCGUCCUGCAAGGGCUACCCUUACUCUCAGACCGUGUACGCAAACGAUCCAACCGAAAACAAGGAGCUACAAGGUCUGCCAGGCAUAGACUACACGGUUCAAGGAAAGUACAAAAGACGUUACUCGACAAAACCAGAAAUGGCCCUCUUGAGAAUCCUGUUUCCUGAAGCCGACGGUUUUCGUCAGAAGAUUGUCGAACGUCCUGGUAGUGCGAUACGUGCCACGGUCGAAGAUCUCCGUGGAAACAAGGUGGCAAAGUACUGGAAAGUGGGCAAUUACGAAGAUCGAUUAACGACAUAUACCUAUGACUCCAACAAUCAUUUGAUCGAGGAGCUGUCUCCGCAAUAUCAUGUGUUGGCGAAAACAAAGUACAGUCGAGUACCGUUUCCGGGAAAAGUGUAUACAGCCGAGGAGAUGAAACUAAAAAGUCUCUGGAAGUUUGCGCACACCUACGACGGGGACAAAUUGAUGACCAAACGGACACCAGACGGCGGUAGCUACGAAUACAUCUAUAACCAGCACGGUAUUCUACGAUUUUCGCUUCAUUACGAUAGAGCGAACAAACUCGACCGAGUGAUCCACUUCUCGUAUGCGGCGAACAAGAAAUUAACGCGCGAGGCGCUUGUAGACCUAACUCGAGACAAAUGCAUCAAUAUUGUAGACUCCACCUCGUUGCCUGAGUCUAACGAUCUGAUCGAAUCCACAUACGGCGAGUUUGAUGUCAACCCAAUGGUACGAUAUCGUUCGCAGCAAUCUACUCGACUGAUCGGCGCGAAUCAGAUGGUCGAGAGUUUAAUUUAUGACGAGAACGAGAAGGUGAUCAAGAAGAUAUUUGUGGUUCCUACCAUUAACACAACGUAUUCGAUCGAUUACGAGUACGAAAACAAAAUGUUGCAUUCCAUCAGCUACCCGGUUGACUCGGC